AUGGCGCUUACUUGGACUCAUAAAGACAGAGGAGAAAUAAGGGUUCACGAGAAUACGGAGGAACUUAGCACUGGCGUGGUAGAUAUUAUAGCUGAGAUAUCAGAAGCAUCGAUUCUAAAACACGGUGCUUUCUGCAUUGUUUUAUCAGGAGGCUCUCUCGUCAAUGUGUUUCCGAGGCAUAUAUAUUCCAUUAACGACAGGGUAUCAGUCGACAAAGCUGCAACAGCAGAGUUCUCCAUCAGACGGAUGGUGAAAAAGCGAACUGUGACUCCAUCUGAGAACAGUGAAUGUCCCAAGUUUGAUCUGAUCUUACUAGGGAUGGAAAUAGCCUCGCUCUUCCCCAACCACCCAGCACUCGAGGUGAAAGACGAUUGGGUUACGUACCUAACCAACUCACCUAAACCGCCACCAGAGAGAAUCACAUUUACUUUGCCAGUCAUUAACUCAGCUGCUAACGUCGCUAUAGUGGCAACCGGCGCAUCCAAAUCCAAUGCUAUCCACUUGGCAAUCGACGACUUGCCAUUACAAGACAGCUCUUUGUCUCUGCCUGCACGUCUGGUCCAGCCGAGCAACAGGAAUCUGGUGUGGUUUAUGGAUAAACCAGCAGGAUCUAAACUUGAAGGGUUUAAAUCUCUCCGAAUAGAAUUUAGACCAUCUUCUUGUUCCAAAAGCUAAAUGUUCUUUACAUUAAUGAUGACCCUUUUUGUAUGAAGAGCAUCCGGUUAAGAAACAUGGAACUAUUUUUUCUACUUCUCUAAUCAUGAAAGUUUCAACAAAGUACCAGAUCUAGUAACUAUAAAAAUAACAUAGUCAGUAACUUCAUAAAACAAUCUAAUCUCAAACUCGAUGAAGUUAUAGUGUGACACAACUCUGGCGAAAACCAAACCAUAAUUCUACAGGAGGAAGGGGGGGAGUAAGUGAAAGCGGCAAAAGCUUACAUUCACUGGGGGUUGUCAUGGCUUAGAGCUUCGGCCUCAGCUCUGGCCAUAGGAUCAUCUUUGACAUCCGUAUCUUCUUCCAUCUCGCCUUGUCGAUCUUGCGCCAAUUUCUUCCUGUGAAGUUCCUCAGCAGCCUCCAUAGCAGCCUUGUUCUCGGCUUGGAUCUUGAGAAUUUCCUUUUCUUGUUGCUGCCGCUCAAACCAUGUGUCUGCAUCCGCCCAAACUG